AUGGCUACUGCUGAAGGUCUUCCUCGCGCGCAUGAUCGCAAUGGUCGCCGUCGCCCAUUCUCGAGCUGGAUGAAACGUCUCGCCAGUCUCAAGAGUUCCUCCGACUCGGGAAGCCACCGCUGGUCUCACAAACGACAGACAAAUAAUAAGGGCAAGAAGAGCAACGGUCAAGGCAACAAUCCGUACCCGCUGUCCGGGAAUAUUAACCGCCCGAACAACAAUGACUCCUAUUCUGAGGCUGGGAAUCGCGAUGAACAAGGCUCACGCUCGCGAAGUGAUCCGUCGCUAGUUUAUUCCGCCUACGAGAACCAAAUCCAUGCGACAAGUGGCGCCAAAUCGAAUGCCCCGACUAUUUCGACUAAUGGGGACACCGCGAUCUCCGACGCUGGAUACUCCAAGGCAGGCACAUUGGCGACGGGCGGCGGAGAGAUCAGCACCCAGGGUGGAGGAGAAGGGAGCACAUUCUCGUCACCUGCGCCUUCAGUUCGAUCAUUGACUACAACCUUGACAACGGUGCAAUCGGCGGCGCCGUCCACCCAACUAUACCCCGCGCCGAACGGACAACAAGGUCAUUCACAUGGCAAUUCGACCCAGGGCUCCACCAACCAACAAGUUCAAUUUUCACACCAAUUUCCGAGCUCUACAUCACCCGCCACUGCUGUUCCGUCGCACCUCGUACCCCAAAAUCAACCAAUGACCUACAACACCGCAACAGCCAACAAUGUCCUGACGGAUAAUGCUUCGAUUCUCACUUUGGCGAGCUCGUCCAAGCGACGUCGCCGCAACUCCCUGGACACCAAUGCUUCUGUUCGUGCAUUGGCGCCAUCCUCAGUUUUCGGGGGGAGUCGCGAAAGCUUGCCGUUGAGCGUUCUCAGUGGAAACGUAGUCGAACCAUCCAACACUUCGGCCUUCAAUGCACAGGGUGUUCUCACCCGACCAAGUGUAGUUGGAUUGGCUAGCGCUGAGCGUAUCAGCGUUUACUCAUCAUCGGGUACAGCUCCCAUGGUGGGCGGCGCCGGAGAGCGCGGCAGCCACUACACAGGAAAGCAGAACACUGGCACCGGCGAUGGAGCAAGUAUUCGCAGUGGUGCACCUUCUCAUGGUCGGAAUGACAGUACCGCUGCGAGCAUCACCGGCGUUACUAGCCCUCUUGCUAUGGCAUCUGGCCGCGUUAGUCGACGGAGCUCCGGAUGGGGAGAGAUUCCUGGCGAUGAGGAGGAGAAGGGGGAGCGGGGUGAAGAGAGCAGAGGACAAGACUGCGGUCUGUCCUGA